AUUAACUCUUUAAGUAUGUGACAUUACUUUGUAUUUAGAUGCUAACACAUUCUAUUCUCUUUGUUCACAGUGAGGCGUCAUUAGAUUUGGCUGGGGGCCCCAAAAGCAAUUACACAUUUCCGAAAGAUUUCGUAUUCGGCGUGUCCACGGCAGCUGUGCAAAUCGAAGGCGCCUGGAAUACAGACGGAAAAUCAGAAAGCAUAUGGGACCACUUAGUGCACACCAACAAGUCCUUCGUAAAAGAUGGCAGCAACGCAGACGUCGCAGCAGAUUCAUACCACCUCUACAAAAGAGACGCCGAAAUGGUCCACGAGCUAGGAGUUGAUAUCUACCGCUUCUCUAUAUCCUGGCCACGAAUUUUGCCCACGGGUUUGACGAACGAAAUCAACCCUCUCGGUCUUCAGUAUUACAGCAAUCUCAUAGAUGAGCUGCUCAAAUAUAAAAUUACACCCAUGGUCACUAUUUACCACUGGGAUCUGCCUCAGAAAUUGCAAGAUAUUGGAGGAUGGACUAAUGCACACAUUGUUGACUAUUACACCGACUACGCCAAUAUUUUGUUCAAGAAUUUCGGCAGUAGGGUAAAAUACUGGGUCACGUUUAAUGAGCCAAUGCAGACUUGCUUGGAGGGUUACGGAGGCACCUACAGGGCUCCAGCUCUGAAUCGUCAUGGGAUAGCGGAGUACUUGUGCACUCACAACCUGUUGAAGGCCCACGCAAGCGUCUUCCAUCUUUUCAACGACACUUAUCGUCCGCAAUUUGGAGGUGAAAUUGGAAUGUCUCUAGAUUCAAAUUGGGCUGAACCAAAAACCGAUUCUCCUAGAGAUAAAGAAGCUGCUGAAUUGUAUUUAAAAACCCAUAUGGGUUGGUACGCGCACCCUGUAUAUUCUGCCGAAGGCAACUACCCUCCUGAACUUAUUAAGCUAGUCGAUGAAAAAAGUCGCCAACAAAAUUACACAAGGUCGCGUCUUCCUAAAUUUUCUCCUGCAGAAGUGGAGUAUAUUCGUGGAACAGCAGACUUCUUUGGACUAAACCACUACACCACUUAUUUACUCAGCAUGGCUGACAAAGAAGUAGGUGCGGUGCCGUCACAUGAAAAUGACGUUGGCAUCGUAAGAAUUCAAGACCCAAAUUGGCCUUCGAUGUCUUCUUCAGCUUGGUUGAAGGUUGUACCAUUCGGCUUCCGUCGCCUUCUCAAAUACAUCACCAAAACUUACAAUGGCGUGCCAAUUAUCGUCACUGAAAAUGGCUACGCCGACUUCAGCGGCGUCGAGGACUCUGCCAGGGUUUCAUACUACAACCACUACUUGAACGCACUCCUGCACGCCAUACACGAAGACCGCAGCAAUGUCCGAGGGUACUUUGCUUGGAGCUUGAUGGACAACUUCGAGUGGGAUGAUGGAUACGUGUCCCGCUUCGGUCUCUACCUGGUUGACUUCAAUAGUCCGAACAAGACGAGGACGGCGAAGCACUCAGCGAAGCUUUACUCGAGCGUGGUCUCCACACGCCGGCUGCCCGCGGACUACGACCCUGAGGACUUCACGGCCUUCUCGUCCGCCACUACUCUCACCCCGACCUUGCUUCCCCCUAUCCUCCUAUACACAAUACUUUACUGAUGCCCACGUGCACACAAUACUUGUAUAUAAAACUGUACGUCUACUUAUCAUUAAAAUU